AUAUAAUGAACUAAAUAAAAGAUAUCUAUCCACUUAUUGAAUAAGAAGAAGUUCUUUAUAGUAUGAGAAAACAAAAACUCAUUUAAGAAGCUAACAAAUUACUUAAUUCAAAUGAAAAUGAUAAUCUACAUGAUUCCAUUAAAGGUAGCAUUGCUAAAGUAUCAAACUUAAGACAAGAUGCCAUUCUUAUGGAUAAUCAAGUACAUCAAAUUCAAUAGAAUGCUCACACUACAAUUAAGAGUUUUGAGGCACUUAAGUAAGAAUUUCAAGUAUGGCAAGAAAUCAAAAGAAAAAUGUUGAAUUGUUACUUAAUACAUUAAAUUGUUUUCUAGAAUUGAGUAGAAUCAAGAAUCAAUUACCAAUUGCUAUUGAAUAAUAGGAUAUUGCUUCUUGUAUUAAAUUUGGUCAAGUCUAUUAUGAAAUACUUCCAAAUUUAUUGAAAGAAUUUUGUCAAGCAGAUUAUCAAUUCGUUGAAAAUAUUAUCAUGAAUUAAUUGAUACCAUUUCAAAAAUAAUAAUUUGAAUUAGCAGUCAAAAAUAAUGAACUUGAAAAAAUUAAUUUAUGUUCAGGUUUGGCAAGAGUGUUACAUUUAGAAUAAUCUUUGGAUAAAGUUAAAAAUAUUUAUGGAGAAGAAUUGCUUAAAGAUCUUAGACUCUUAGAAUAAAAUGAAUAACAAAAUUUGCCUUUAUCAUUUUCAGAUAUCAAUAAUAAGUAUCAUUAUCCAUUUUUGAAUUACUUUGUUGGCAUUUUAGAAUUAAUAAAGCCAGAGAAAUUCUCUAAGAAUGUUCAACAAUAUUAUGGAGUAGAAGGUGUUUUAGAAUUGAUUGAUUAUCUUGUAUCAAAAGUUUCACAUCCUUACCUAUUAGGUGUUUUAAAACAAUUAAAUACUUUUUUCGAAAUUGAAAAAAUGGUUAAGAAUGCAAAAGCUGUGUAGAGUUAUGAAAAUUAAUUAUUGUAGUCUAUCUCUAAAAAGAUUAAUUUGGAUUAGAAAUAAUUAGAGAAGGUUUCUUACUAUUGUGAUGAGAUUUCUGCUAUAUCUAGUGAAUAUUAGGGAUUUCUAUAGCAUCUUAAAUAAACAGCAGAAUUAGAAAAGGACAUCACAAAUUUAGCCAUUGGAGAAAUCAUUACAGAAUACUUAGGUAAAUAUCUUGAGUUCUCUUAAAUUGAACUUCAAUAAUAAAUUGUCUUUUUUGUAUAGAAAUCAGAACCUCUUAAGGAUUUAUGGAAUUUUGAUAAGGCAAAAUUUACAAAAUUAUUAGAGUGUUAAAAUGUACUUUUAAGUCAUGGGUAUCAUGAAUGGUUAGAAGAAAUAUUCUAUUUGAUAAAAUAAUAAAUUUAGAGAGCAAUUUCAACUGAAAAUUAAAUUAUUGCAAGUGCUUUAAUAAAUUUUAUUGGAUUCUAAGUUAUAUCUGAUGAUUUACAUCAAAUUACACUACAAUUAUUUCAUCGAUAUUUAAAGAAAGAAUACUUUUCAUCAUCAGCCAUAGGUAUAGCAUAAGAGUAGACAGUAAAUAAUUCAUUCAUAAUUCUAUUGUUCAAUAUUUUAAGCAAUAUUCCUAUGUAUUUAAAAACACUUAAAUCUUAAAUCUAUAGUGAAUUACCUAAAGGUCCAUAAUCUUAAAUGAUAGUUGGUGCUGUAGAGGAAAUGAUUGAAGUUAAUACAAAAAAGUUUUAGAAAUUAAUGGAAGAGAAAUUAAAAGUAUUGGCAGAAAAUUUGAGAAAUACAGUUAAAGAAGUAUUUGAAGAAAUUAAAUAACUACAUUUUGAUUAGAAAGAUGUUGUAAUGUUAGAGUAAGAAAGAGAGUAUUAAAAGUAUUUCUCAAAUUAAAUGAAAAAUGCUUUUAAAGGUUUAAAUUAAUGGAAGACUUAAUUUACGUAAGAAAAUUAUGAUUAAAUGACAUUACAUUUAUGUCAUUGUAUUUCAAAAUAAUUAGAAUAAAUUAUAAUGAAUAAGAAAUUCCAUCAAACAGGAGCUGUAAUCCUAGAGAAGGAAGUCAGAACAAGUAUCAAUUAUUUAAUAAUGUUAAAAUUUAUUAUUUAUUUAUAGGAUGACUAACCCAAAUAAUAAGUAAGCAUUCACCAGAUUACAAUUAAUCUGUAGCACCUUACUUUUGGAAUCAUUUAAGGAGAUGGAAGAAUUUCUAAGUAGUAGUGCAAUCUCUGAAUUAUCAUCAAAUGAAAUUAAGAAGAUUAGUCAAUUAAGAAUAGAUUUGUAGUGACAUAUGAAAAAAUAAUUUAUUGUUUAAAAAAAG